CAGUCUCCGCACUCGGUGUCCCGGCAUGCCGUGCGGCAUGGAGCUGGCGCUGUGUUAGGGCGCGGUGUAUGCCGGGAUUGGUAGUUCUUUCCCUCCCAUUUGUCCUGGCAGCAGUCAGUCUCCGGACUCGGUGUCCCGGCAUGCCGUGCGGGGGGCACUCUGUCAGAAUGGACGGGGAGACCGGGGCAGAGCGGUGCAGCGGGGAGCCGGGGAUGGAGCCGGCAGCUCUGGACACAAAGUCCGCCCACCAACCGCGAGCCCAGGACGGGGAGCCGGGCAGAGUGAGGUCACACAGUGAUAGUGGAGAGGACUCAUUGGACACUCUGCUUACUCGCCUACCCCUGACUCCUUCAUUGUCCCCUCGCAAGCGGACAACCAGUCAGAGCAAGACUGAGCCACCAUUACUACGCACCAGCAAGAGGACUAUUUAUACUGCUGGCCGCCCUCCAUGGUACAAUGAAUCUGGAACCCCGUUCAAGGAGGCAUUUGUUAUAGGUUUAUGUGGUGGGAGUGCAUCAGGGAAAACCACUGUAGCUAACAAGAUUAUUGAGGCUUUGGACGUUCCAUGGGUCGUCCUUCUGUCAAUGGACUGCUUCUACAAGAUCCUCAGUAAGGAGGAGCAGGAACUGGCUGCCAGGAAUGAAUAUAACUUUGAUCAUCCUGAUGCGUUUGACUUUGAUCUCCUGGUAAACGUUCUUCGGAAACUAAAGAAAGGGAAGAGUGUGAAAGUGCCGGUGUAUGAUUUUACCACGCACAGCCGUAGGAAAGAAUGGAAAACCGUGUACGGUGCCAAUGUGGUGAUAUUUGAAGGAAUUUUGUCUUUUGCCAACAAGGAGCUCCUUAAGCUCCUGGAUAUGAAGGUGUUCGUUGAUACAGACUCUGACAUCCGGUUGGUGCGCAGACUGAAGCGUGACAUCACAGAGAGAGGCCGUGACAUUGUUGGCGUCAUCAAACAAUAUAACAAAUUUGUGAAGCCGGCAUUUGAGCAAUAUAUAGAGCCCACAGUCCAACUGGCGGAUAUUGUGGUGCCAAGAGGAGGAGAGAACUUUGUGGCUCUGGAUUUAAUUGUUCAACAUGUACACAGCCAGCUGGAGAAGAGGAUGCAACGCUGGAACAUGGCAGCUCUGGCCUCUGCUCACCAAGGGCAGCCCUUGCCUGAGACCCUGAGUGUUCUCCAGAAUACCCCUCAGGUGCGGGGAAUGCACACCAUCAUCAGAAAUAAAGACACAAAUCGGGACGAGUUUAUAUUUUACUCCAAACGUCUCAUGCGCCUGCUGAUAGAACACGCACUUUCCUUCCUGCCUCUUCAGCCAGUGACUGUGGAGACUCCUCAGGGAACUUUAUACCAGGGCAAGAGAAUCCACAAACAGAGGAUAACAGGGGUGUCUAUUCUCCGUGCUGGGGAGACCAUGGAGCAAGCUCUCACUGCAGUCUGUAAGGACAUCCGACUUGGAAAGAUUCUAAUACAGACGAACCAUAACACUGGAGAGCCUGAGCUGCACUACCUGCGUCUGCCCAAGGAAAUCAGCGAAGAUUACGUUAUCCUUAUGGACAGCACCGUGUCCACUGGCGCAGCCGCCAUGAUGGCAAUUCGAGUGUUGCUGGACCACGAUGUUCAGGAGGAAAAGAUCUUCCUUCUAUCAUUACUAAUGGCCGAGAUGGGUGUGCAUUCUGUGGCCUAUGCAUUUCCACGAGUCCGAAUCAUCACCACGGCCGUAGACAAGCGGGUUAACCAAGAGUUUCACAUUAUCCCAGGCAUUGGUAAUUUUGGGGACCGUUUUUUUGGCACGGAUGCCCCUUCUGACUGGUAUGAAGGUGAAGACUGCAAUAUGGAUUUCUGAUCUGUCAUGUGGUCACUGGCCAAUCUCUACAUUCCCCCUCCCCCAGUGGACUCCUGUACCGCACUCCAGUUUAUGCCCCUUUUUAGCCUGAGGGGGAUAAGUUAUGCUCAUUUUUAUUACAUGGCUGGUUUUUAUUAAUUUAUCUGGAAAACUUGUUAUGAGGUGUGAAGUUCUGCUCAAUGAAGACUGCUUCCACCAUUCCUACCGUUCUAUAUGGAAUAAAAUAUGUUUUAAUAGAAAA